UCUCCUUCUAGUAUCCAACUGUAUUGAUAACAAAACUAAGAUAUUUAUAGGCUCAGAUUGGAGAAUGUUGUCAAUUUGCAUGAUCUAUUUUAUAGGUUAGUUCUAAUAUUAUUAAUGAUCAUCAUCCUGGCUCUACUCAACUGGAAAAUUCUAUUGACCGAACCGUUGACUGCUAGACCAGUUACUCGAGAUUGAUAGUUGAAUAAAAAAAAAUGUCCUUCAUAAUAUUCAACCAACAAUAUGAUUCUUAACUCAUUGACAAAAUAAUCAUCUACAGCUCUGUAGCAAGAUGCCACUUUGAAAACUUUGUCAACCUUUGAUCAAUAGAAUAUCUCGGCCUGGGGUGGUGGAUUUCCGUGAGUUAACCAAGCUUGUCAUGUGCGUUAAGCGUCAAGCUGGAUAAAAAAAAGACUCAGUUUGUCGUCAACCCAGAUUGACAAAAUAGCCAAAUUCGUUCCAUUUUUUUUUGUUGUGGUUUUCUGCAACCCCUCAUAGUGUUCACUGUUCGAAGUGACUUUGAAUUAUCAUUAAAGGCUGAAUUAGACUAUGAGGAUCAGUCAAAUAUGUCCACAUGUGACCAGAGAACAGAUAGCCAAUCACCAGUCUCAGAGCACAAUUCAUUGAGUGGAGAAUCAGAUCCCAGGUUGACUAAGGCCAUUGAAAAAGAAGUGUGUGGUGGUAGAACAGCCAAAGUAGUAUCAGUAAGGUUGAAGGAUUCGUUUGAAGGCCGCAAUCAACAGAAGUUAUGUCCAUACCAGAUGGCGACAGUUACUUUUAAAAAGGAGGAAGAGGAGGAGGAGGAGGAGGAUGAGGAUGAUAGCAGCCAACAACCAGCUGCAGUGGAAGAUGAUUGCAGCCAACAACAUUAUCUAAUCCCUGGCUACAACAUGAUCUUCAUCAAAGAGGAGGCAUAUGAUGAGCUAGAGGCUGAAGGAAGUGCAGUGAAUAGUGAACCAGAGAUGUGGCCUUCAAACUGCAGCACAUCUGGCCGAGACUAUGCAAUAGGAGUGGGUGGACUGAAUGAGCAUUCAAUCUCUCCAGUGGAAAAGUGCACUGAGUUAUCUGUGGCUGGUAAACAGACCAAGCUCUACAGCUGCGCUCUCUGUAGCUUUAAAACAGCACAGUUCAGUAAUUUGAAGAUACACAUUAGAAAACAUACUCGAGAAAAACCUUUCAGCUGCGAAUUUUGUGAUUUUAAAAGUGCUAGGUUAGGUGAUUUGAAAGCACAUACUAGAACACAUACUGGAGAAAAACCUUUCAGCUGCGAGUUUUGUGACUACAAAAGUACUCUGUUAGGUAAUUUGAAAAAACAUAUCAGAAUACAUACUGGAGAAAAACCUUUCAGCUGCAAGUUUUGUGACUUCAAAAGCGCUAGGUUAGGUGAUUUGAAAGCACAUACCAGAACACAUACUGGAGAAAAACCUUUCAGCUGCAAGUUUUGUGACUACAAAAGUACUCUCUUAGGUAAUUUGAAAAAGCAUAUCAAAAUACAUACUGGAGAAAAACCUUUCAGCUGCGAAUUCUGUGAUUUUAAAAGUGCUAGGUUAGGUGAUUUGAAAGCACAUACCAGAACACAUACUGGAGAAAAACCUUUCAGCUGCAAGUUUUGUGACUACAAAAGUACUCUGUUAUGUAAUUUGAAAAAACAUAUCAAAAUACAUACUGGAGAAAAACCUUUCUGCUGCGAAUUCUGUGAUUUUAAAAGUGCUAGGUUAGGUGAUUUGAAAGCACAUACCAGAACACAUACUGGAGAAAAACAUUUCAGCUGUCAGUUUUGUAACUACAAAAGUACUCGGUUAGGUAAUUUGAAAACACACAUCAGAAUACAUACUGGAGAAAACCUUUCAGCUGCAAGUUUUGUGAGUUCAAAAGUGCUAGGUUAGGUGAUUUGAAAAAACAUAUCAGAACACAUACUGGAGAAAAACCUUUCUUCUGCGAGAUUUGUGACUUCAAAAGUGCUCAGCUAGGUGAUUUGAAAAAACAUAUCAGAACACAUACUGGAGAAAAACCAUCCAGCUGCGAGUCUCGUGAAUACAAAAAUGCUCAUUUAGGUACUUUGAAAAUACAUACCAGAACUUUAAACAGCUGGAGUCAGAAAAUCGGCUUUCCAAAACUGGGCAUAGUUGUAGUUUCUAUGAUAAUCUUUUUUUUCUCAUUUAUAGAACUGGAAACGUUUUUCCUUGUCGAAAUGAAACAUUCCCUAAUAAUUCAUAAUAACUGAAACUUUCAACUAUUUCCUCUUUAUCUCAUUUUGUGUUCAAUUUUAUAGGUUUUUUCAAAAUUUAAGUUAAUUGAAACAUGUAUUAUGACUUCCCUUUUCCCUUUUGGAAAGCCAAUCUUCUGACUCCAUCAGUUCAAAGUCUAGAACUUAGCUAAAUCCCGAGUUCAGAAACCGGCCCUUACAAUGGCUAGUCUUGUAUAGAAUAGUCAUGUCCAUAAGUCACAUACUUUUCAAGAUAUAUGUGAAAACCUAAAAAUAUUUUACCUUUGACGUUUCAACCACUCCCACCCCCCUAAGAACAGUGGGUAGGAGUGGAGACUCUUGAUAUAUGUUUAUCAACUUACUACCCUAAACGGAGCUGUGGGGUCAAGAAUAGUCUGCCAGACAUUUCCACUGUACCCUAUUUAGAGCAUUCAUUGCCUGGACUAUAAAUGUUUAGGGAUGAAACAAAAAACAAACAUUUAAGAAUAUGAAAAUAUUAUAUUCACAUUGUUCAUCACACUGAAUCUAUAUCAAUAGUUUAUAAAAUAUACUUUUUUUUAAUAUACAGUGAUAUUACACUAUCAUCAAAUUAAUAUAUACUUAUUAUUCAAAUUGAUGUUUAGUUCAAUUUUAUAAGUAUCAGGUCUAUUUAUUUAUAAUAUUUACACUUAUCUUAUCAACAAACUUUUCAAAUUAUAUGAAGAACUCAUUAAAGUUCCCUCAAAAACAG